AAUUUGUUGAUUCGGAUCUGUUUCUCGUUUUCUUUGUUUUUCUUUCUGUCCAGCUGAAACAGCUCCUUAUACGGCGCUCCUCCACCGAAAGAUACCCCUCCUUCUCUCCACAAGAUGUCUCUCCACGUUCCUCUGCCCCAUCGGUCUGCCACUCCAGUGGGCGCCGCCACCAAGGCCGUGAUUCUGGUCGGCGGUCCCUCUCGUGGCACGCGAUUCCGCCCUCUCUCGCUUGACCUCCCCAAGCCCCUCUUCGAAGUCGCCGGCCACCCCAUCAUCUGGCACUGCCUCUCGUCCGUUGCCCGCGUCAAGCAAAUCCAAGAAGUCUACAUCAUCGGCUACUACGACGAGUCCGUCUUCCGCGACUUCAUCAAGGACUCGGCCAAGGAGUUCCCCGGCAUCAACCUGCGGUAUCUGCGUGAGUACGAGGCGCUGGGCACCGCCGGCGGUCUGUACCACUUCCGAGAUGCCAUCCUCAAGGGCCGCCCCGAGCGCCUCUUCGUCCUCAACGCCGACGUCUGCUGCUCGUUCCCGCUGGAGGAGAUGCUCAAGCUCUUUAUCGAGAGGGACGCCGAGGCUGUCAUUCUCGGCACACGCGUCAGUAACGACGCCGCCUCCAACUUUGGCUGCAUCGUCUCCGACUCCCACACCCGCCGCGUGCUUCACUACGUCGAGAAGCCCGAGUCGCACAUCAGCAACCUGAUCAACUGCGGCGUCUACCUCUUCUCCACCGAUGCCAUCUUCCCAUCCAUUCGAUCGGCCAUUAAGCGUCGCACCGAUCGCCCGGCCCGCCUUGUCUCGUACCCCUCCUCCGACAACCUGGAUAACUUCACCAUGCCCCGUGCUAUUGCCGACGACGACGACGACGAGGACAAAAAGGAGGUCAUCCGCCUCGAGCAAGAUAUUCUGGGCGACAUGGCCGACAGCAAGCAGUUCUUCGUCUACGAGACCAAAGAUUUCUGGCGCCAGAUCAAGACCGCCGGCUCUGCUGUGCCCGCCAACGCGCUCUAUCUCCAAAAGGCCUCGCAGAUUGGCAGCGACGAACUCGCCCCCGCAAGCGCAAACAUUGUUCCCCCCGUCUUCAUCCACCCUACCGCCGACGUCCAUCCCACUGCCAAGCUCGGCCCCAACGUCAGCAUCGGACCCCGCGUCGUUGUGGGCGCCGGUGCCCGUAUCAAGGAGAGUAUCGUGCUGGAGGACUCUGAGAUCAAGCACGACGCCUGUGUUCUGUACUCCAUCAUUGGAUGGGGCAGCCGUGUUGGCGCUUGGGCUCGUGUCGAGGGCUCACCUCUUGCUGCUGGUAGCCACUCUACCAGCAUCAUCAAGAACGGUGUCAAGGUGCAGAGCAUUUCUAUCCUUGGAAAGGAUUGUGGCGUUGGUGAUGAGGUUCAUGUGCAGAACUGCGUCUGCCUGCCAUACAAGGAGCUGAAGAGGGAUGUCGCCAACGAAGUAAUUAUGUAAAGCCGUAUUGUUGCAGAGAGUGAAUAAGUAGUAGGAGCAGGUUAUAGAGUGACUUGACUACAGCAGUUUUUAUCCAAGGAAAAAAGUGGCUUGAAAUGAUUCUAAAUGAUGUGAAAGUUAUAAGUAGACGACGUUUUAUAUGUUUGUAACAGUGUCACGUAUUCUCUAUCUAUGUGCUGAGAGAAACACAUGUGGGACUAAGCUAUAGAAUAUUAAUUUUGAAGGAAGCAGUUGCUUUGAGCUUU